AUAUUAACUGAAAAGUUUUGGUGAAAUGUCUGCCAGCAAGCGUAAGAAUCUGAAUAAGAUGGAGGUAGAUCAAAAGGAUGACGACUCGAGCUCCAGUGAAGAGAGUGAGGACGAAAUACAUCCAGACGCCUACACUGGCAAUGAGGAGGUGCAAAUUGACUUCGAGGGUCGUACACCCGUGGAUCCCGAUACCCAGGGAAUUUCCCAGCUGCUGCAGCGUCUCUUCUUGCGGGCCCAUAUCAACUGCAAUCAGAUGGCGGAUUUGAUUAUAGCUCAAAACCAUGUGGGCAGCGUAAUCUGCCAGGUCGACGACGACGAACUUGAGAGCGAAACUGAUGACAAUAUGGUGGAAGAAGGCACUGUCUUUGGCAUCACCUCCGUACUGAAUCUGUCGGCCAAGAAGGACCAGCCAAGCGUCAGCCAGCUGCGCACGUAUCUGCUCGACCGCGCCAAGUCGCAUGCCUCGGAGACAGCGCUGGAACAGCUGAGCUAUCUGCUGGACAACGAAGAACAGCCCCAUUUGGGAUUCCUAAUUAACGAACGUUUCAUCAACAUACCUGCACAGAUAUGCGUGCCGUUGUUUGAGAACUUAAAGAUGGAAAUUGACCACGCUAAGACCAAACAAAUGAAAUUCAAUUUCGGAACAUUGCUGCUCCUCGUCAAGUUCUUUCGCAAGCAGGCCAAGAAAGGCCAGCCUGCCGAGGAUAUCUACACCAAUGACGAGGACGAACUGCUCUCAGAGCGGGCCAAGUUCUCCUUUGAGUGGUCUGUGGCCUCCGAAUGCGAUUCCGGCAUGUCAGGGGACUGGCUGGAGGGCGAUGCGGUGAUGACGCCAUACAGAAAGCUCUUGGCACUGGAUGCCAAGCAGUUCCCGCAGUUGAUUAAGGACAUACAGAGCUACAUAAAUAAGUAAUAAAUGUACGAUUUAUCUUUUUA